AUGAACAUCUUUCCAGGUCUAUCUCAUGCCAAUUCAAGACACCACACUAAAGAUUUAUUUCCAAAUGAUUUUGUUUAUAUUAGUAAAUUUGUUUCUCAAAGACGCAGAAAUUUUUUGGUUAGAAAUCUUAAAACUGUCAGGAAAGGAACUACACGAUCUCAUGUUGACUUAAAGGAAUCAAAGAAGAGAGAAACAUCAGGUAGUUGCCACCCGAGAUAG